AUGGAAAAUAAUAAAUAUACCGAAGUAGUCAAAUAUGUGGCAACAUUGCUAAGCAGACAUGAGGAUGGUGGGGAUACCCAACACAAUGAAGAACAUCACAAGAAGCAUUUUGCAAACAUCUAUUACGGAUACUGGGUUCUCAUGAUUUCAUUUUUAUAUUUAAUGUUUCUUUAUGUAGUGAGAAAGUUACCUAAUAGACCUUCAGUUUCAUCUACUCAUGCACAUAUUUUAAACAAAAUUUACCAGUUAAACCCAAUGGUUCAUUUAUUGAUAAUAUUUAUACCUGUAUGUUUAACACUUCCUACACAUUAUUCAUUUUUUCAGAAUUUUGGAUUAUAUGCUAAAAGAAUUGGUAGGAUGAGUUAUGUAUUGGUCACUUUAAACCUUGCGAUUAGUCUGAAACCACCUGUUUUCCUUUUCAAACACGGAUAUACAUAUGACGAAUUCAUUCCACUCCAUAAAUGGUUAUCCAGAACGAUAUUUAUUAUUGCUAUGGUACAUGGAUUUGCAUUUUUAGUCAAAUGGAGUUCAGAUCCCCGGGUUUCCUUUAUUGAAAAAUGCUCGAAUAUCCAAAAUUUUAUAGGUAUUUUCAUUGUAUUUUGGAUGUUAGUAUUGAUUUUGAUUUCAUUUGGCCCAAUGAGAAGAAGAAACUACAUUCUUUUCUAUGUUGGCCAUCAAUUGAUAAACCUUAUUUUUAUUUUUGGUACACCAUUGCAUGCAAGACCUGGGGUAACUAAGCCGUAUUUCUGGUUAAAUUUUAUUUUCCUAGUUAUCCAUGGAGUAAAUAGGAUUGUUGUCUCGAAAGUAGUCAAAGUACACAGUAUAGUAAAAAAUACCAGUUCUCAAAAUUCAAAUUCAUUAACAAUCGUUCGUCUCUCGAGAAUUGCAGCUCCAGCUGUUUACCCUCCUGGUACACAUAUCAGAAUAAGUCCGUAUGGUCGUUUUAAUCCAUUGUAUUGGUUACUCCCUUCUCACCCAUAUACUAUAUGUAGUGCGCCUGAAGAUGCUGAAGUUUCUUUAAUUAUCUCAGAAUCUAAUUUUAAGAUGAUGACAGAAAAAUCUUACACUAUUUUAGGUUCUUAUCCAAGUAUUAUACCUGAAGCGUUGAUUGAAGAUAUUGGACAACAAAUUUUAAUUGUAUGUGGUGGAAGUGGGAUUGGCUAUGGUCUCUCGGUAUUCGAGUAUUUCAGACAUAAUACAAAUGUUGAUUACUUAAAGAUUAUUUGGCUACUAAAGGAUCUCAGCGAUCUUGAAUUUAUUAAGGUAAACUUUGGACUUCCAGAUUUAAAACUUGGUGUAAAUUUGGAAGUUUAUAUUACUAGUGGUAAUAAUUCGGAUACAUUGAAUUCUUCAAAUGAAAAUGGGGAAUCUUUUGAAAUGCAAACGACCUUGCAUACACGGAGAAUAGAUUGGAAUGAAGAUCUGGGUGAUUAUAUAGAACGUAAAAAUGAUAAGAGUUGGAUGAUAUGUUGUGGUCCGAAAAGUUUAAUCAACGAUGCUUGUGACUAUGCAACACAGAACGAUAUCAAUUUCAUUUCUGAGUAUUACUCGAUUUAG